AUGGGUCUGCCUCAGAGGGAAGCCUCCGGAGAGAAGCGGAGCAGCGUGCCGCCCGCGACGGAGAUUUCUCAAUCCGCUACAUCCGUGGAAGCUCUGCUUGCAGGUCGGGCUGCCUGUUCCCAGCUCUUCUCGGUCAAUGGAAUCCCUUCAGAAGCUUGUUCUGUUGUUUCCUUUUCCGUUUGUUGGUGCUCGUAGUAAGUCAUUACGAACGGGCGCAGAAUGCUCCAGGUUCUGUGGUGUGAUUUCUUUUCCCUGAUUUAUAAAUAUUUUGAGCGGUCUCUGUUCUUUGAUUUAUUGCCGUUUCGAGUUGAGGCCAAUUGUGUGGAAUUUCGCGUCGUGGUUGAGACGGUCGAUUGUGUUUAUUUGUUCUCUCUUUCCAUGCUUUUAGGUGCAUACUCAAUAGGGAUGAUUCUCAUGCAUGUGAUGUUUCUUGAAUGAAAUAUAUUAACCUCCUGUGAUGCGAGGGAUUUCAAACCGAUGAAAUCUCUGGAUGCAUAGACAUCCUUUGUGGCCAACUUGUCAUGAUAAUUUCCUAUGUUAUGUCUCCUGUGAUGAAUGGAUGUAGGUUUUGGAUUUCCUAUGUUAGUUUUGAUUCCGUUCCUGAAUUAUUCUUUUUCUGUGGGGCCUGGAUAUGGUGCAGUCAUGGUUUAGGGAAAGGCUCUCGCAGAACGACACCAAAGGGGCGGAGUGAGUAGGAACCAAAUAUUUGACUUGAGAAUAAAAUCUGUGAAGAAAUGAGUGUCAUCAUGUCUAGAUAAUAGAAGACCCUUUAGAUUGCGUGGUAUAAUACAUAAUAAAUUUGAUACUGAAUAGAAACCACAAGAGAAGGUGAGGCACGGAACGCUUUAUGUCUUCGCCUCCUAAAUGCAGAUUGAGCCUGCAGUUCUUGACAUGCAGAGGCAUCAUAUUGUGCAGUGAUACUCCUGGGAUUUAGAAGGUUCUGGAUGAGGAAAACAUUAGCUAUCUAUUGUUUUGGAAAUUCAGGUCAUAUUUGACGUGGAAUCAUCGUGAGAACCAUAAAGCGAGAAAAUAGGUGUCUACAUUAUCUGAGAUAUUAAAAUUUGUAGUUGUAUCAUUCAAGCUUUUAAUUAUUUUUUCUUAAAUCCAUCCAGUUUAAAGAUCCAACGUUGUAUUGUUCAUUCCGUCAUUUUUUUCACAUUCAAGGGAUUUCUAAGGGUGUUUCCCUGUUUUUAUUUGGAUUGCACGAUCCACAUUCAGCACGAUACGUUUCUUGGCCUUUAUUGUUCUUUCAAUGUUUCUUGGAAUUAGAUUGGGAUAAUGAUGCGAAAAAAUUGGUACUUCUUGCAUCAGUUUCACAUAUUCGACUGAUAUCGUUGUCAUUUAUUUAAACUUUAUUGCGGACAUUUUAGAGUGAUGUUCCUGUCGCUCCAUAUAAUGAUUAUUAUCUCGUUUUACUGGUUUCUGCAGAAGCUGCAGCUUUCAGUAACGUUGAGAAUGAGGUUGGUUUCUUUUCAAGGAGGUGCACGAAACCUGAGCUGUUUGUGUGAUAUAAUCCUGAGAUUGCUCACUUCCAAGGCCUUUUUCCUCGCCAGUUCUGAAAUAGAAUUUUCCAAUGCAGUCGGUGGAGGCCAAGGUGCAGAAAGCCCUUGAAUGCCCCUGUCUUGCAGGCUUGAGGAGUGGACCUUGUGGAAACCAGUUUUCCGAAGCAUUUGCCUGCUUCCUCAAGAGCACUGCUGAAGAAAAGGUACCCUUUUCCUGUCAUGUGGAUAGAAUGAAGAAAAUUUUCCUUCCUAUAAAUCUUAUAAUGGCAAUCGACGGUUCAUAUUAAACAUGCAUCUGCCUCGUUUCCAUCGAUAGAAAAAUAUUUUUAUUUUGCAUUUUCCUAAUUUAAAUGGAGUCAUCAGGUGCUUUUAUGCUCAAUUUAGUAAACGUUGUCAGUCUCCAUGCUGCAUCUCUGGUUCUUGCAGGGUUCAGACUGUGUGAGUCCCUUUAUAGCCUUGCAAGACUGCAUCAAAGUGCACCCAGAUGCGUUCUCCAAGGAUCUCCUGGGCGGAGAGGAGACCAGGAAGGAAGAUGAGGUCGUCACCAACUUCAGAAUCAUCCCUCCUUCCUGGUCCAGAAAAUCCAAAACUAGGAACUGA